AGAAAUUAGGAGAUUUUCCCUCAAGUGACUCACAUGUUUUGUUUGUUUACUUUUAGUUUUUGACAACAAGUGAUUUUUGUUUACAAUUAACUAAUUGUGAUGAUUAAUCAGUCAGUUGAUCAGGCUGCUGUUGAUAAUUUGUUGGUCAAUUUUGAUGGUUUAAAGUUUAAAUCAAUUAAGAUUGGUGAUGAUUCAUUUAAGAUUAUUACUAAUUUGUCUUGUUCACAAUUAUUUAAAUCAAGUGUUGAUCAUGAUGGUGAUGCAAUUGACUCACGAGAGGUUGGACUUAAUUCACCAAGUGAUUUAACACCAGGAGUCUAUGAAGGAGGUUUCAAAGUCUGGGAAUGUUCAAGAGAUAUGGUUCAAUUUAUCAACGAUGAUCUACAAUUAACUGGAACAAUUAACUGUUUAGAUUUAGGUUGUGGCAGUGGAAUCGUUGGAAUAUGUUUACUUAAAUCAAUUGAAGGUUCUGUUGAUUUUCAAGACUUUAAUCAAAAUGUUCUGAUUAAUUACACAUUACCCAAUAUUCUGGUUAAUUGCAAGCAAUCAAGUGUAAAUGAAACAUGGGAAAAACUGUCACCAAGAGUCAAUUUCAUAUCAGGUGAUUGGUCAAAUUUUCCGAAAACCAAGAGAUACGAUUACAUAUUCAGCUGUGAAACAAUUUACAAUCAAGACAAUUAUCCUAAAUUAGUUGAUAUUUUAACUAAUUGUUUGACUCCCAAUGGUUGUGCUUAUUUUGCCGCUAAAAGUUAUUACUUUGGUGUUGGUGGAGGAGUCCAACAAUUUAGUGAUUUCCUGGUGGAUAAACAAUUAACCAUUGAAGAGAUUAAAGUUUUCCCUGAUUGUGUUGAAAGAAUCAUAGUGAAAAUAACAAUUAAACAGAGUUAACAAUCA